CCUCCACCACUUCACUCCUCGUCGCCGUCCGUCGCCUCCACACAAUGCACAUCCCACAAGCAAGGGUCGACAAGGCGAUAGAGCAGAUCCAGCACAAGUCCAACCCCGUCGACAUCGACUUCACCCAGCAUGUCCUCGACGAUGGAAACACGAUCAGCACCCAGGAGCGGGUCGUCAAAGACGUUCAAGCGCCCGCGAUGAACAUCCCCACCGACGCCCAGUUCUUCUCCAAGGUCGACCCCUCCAAGCCCGACAUCGCCUUCCUCAAGAACCACUUCUACCGCGAGGGCCGCAUCAGCGAGGAGCACGCACUCUACAUCCUCGACCAGGGCAGGCAGGUCCUCGCCAACGAGCCCAACAUCCUCCAAGUCGAUGCACCCAUCACAGUGUGCGGCGAUAUCCAUGGGCAAUACUACGACCUCAUGAAGCUGUUUGAAGUCGGCGGGAGCCCAGCAGACACGCGCUACCUGUUCUUGGGCGACUACGUGGACCGGGGGUACUUCAGUAUCGAAUGCGUUCUCUACCUCUGGUCGCUCAAGAUCUGGUACCCGAACACCCUCUUCCUCCUCCGCGGCAACCACGAGUGCCGGCACUUGACCGACUACUUCACCUUCAAGCUCGAGUGCAAGCACAAGUACUCGGAGCGGAUAUACGACGCGUGCAUGGACGCGUUCUGCGCGCUCCCGCUUGCGGCGGUCAUGAACAAGCAGUUCCUCUGUAUCCACGGCGGUCUCUCGCCCGAGCUUACUACCCUUGAUGAUAUCCGCAGUAUCGACCGCUUCCGGGAACCGCCAACCCACGGUCUGAUGUGCGACAUCCUAUGGUCAGACCCGAUAGAGGACUUUGGGCAGGAAAAGACGAACGAGAGUUUUGUGCAUAACCACGUCCGAGGGUGCUCCUACUUCUUCUCGUACCAAGCAGCAUGUUCGUUCCUGGAGCGGAAUAAUCUUUUGUCCAUCAUCCGCGCACAUGAGGCGCAGGACGCAGGAUACCGGAUGUACCGGAAAACGAAGACAACGGGUUUCCCGUCGGUGAUGACGAUCUUCUCUGCGCCCAACUACCUUGACGUGUACAACAACAAGGCUGCGGUGCUCAAGUACGAGAGCAACGUGAUGAAUAUCCGGCAGUUUAACAGCACGCCACAUCCCUACUGGCUGCCGAACUUUAUGGACGUGUUCACGUGGAGUCUGCCGUUCGUGGGCGAGAAGAUCACGGACAUGCUCGUCGCGGUGCUGAACACGUGCAGCAAGGAAGAGCUGGAGGAGGUCGAGGAGGCGGACGAGGAGAGUCUGACGUCGCCCGCGGUGGCGCCGGAGGAGGAGACGGGCGAGCGCCGGAAGAUCAUCAAGAACAAGAUCCUCGCUGUCGGCCGGAUGGCGCGCGUGUUUGCGCUGCUCCGCGAGGAGUCGGAGAAGGUGUCGGAGCUGAAGAAUAUCUCGGGGACGACGAAGUUGCCGUAUGGCACGUUGGCGCUCGGGACAGAGGGGAUAAAGGAUGCGAUUUCGGGGUUCGAGGAUGCACGCAAGUCGGAUAUCGAGAACGAGAGGCUGCCGCCGGAGCUGUACGACGCCGAGGAGGCGAAAGCGUUCCUCGCGGAGCACCUCGCGCAGUCCCAGUCCCAGUCUUCGCAGCCCUCGUCCCCGCUCGACGGCUCGCCCGCGAUGCCGUCGCCGCUCGACCUCUCGCCCGGCGGCUUCCCCUCACCCGGCGAAUCCGGCACGUCCUCGCCCACCGGCCUCUCCGGCUCCUCCGCCGGCGGACCGAACACACCGCCUGUGACCCCCGGCCUGGGCGGAGCGAAACUGGGGCACUCGCCGGGGUCGGCGAGCUUCAGCGGGGUGUCGCCGCCGCGGACGCCGUUCCGCGGGAAGCACGGGCGGCAGGCGAGUCUGGGGACGACGAUGACGAGUCCGAGCACGCGGAGGAGGAGCUUGGAGAGUACGAUUUCGAUGAUUCAGGAGGCGCUGGAUGGAAGGGAUGUGGAGGGGAUGGCGGCGGCGGCGCAGCAGGCGCAGGAGCAGGCGGAGGCGGAGGGGAAGGGGACGUAGGUGGGCGGAGGUGUAGGUGGGCGUGUUGGUGGGACUGGAUAGGGGGCGGAGGGUGGGGGAUGGGGAUAAUACUUGGGAUAUGGACGUGGAUGUGGAUUCGGAUUCGGAUUAGCUGUUUUCUUUCUUUCUCUUUCUUUCUCGUCUUUCUGUGAAUCG